UGCGUGUGAACCUGUGCCAUAAAACCGGGCAUGUUCAAGGGUUAUUCGUUCUUGGUAAGAAGUGACAUGGCCCGCAUGGGAGGGGGAUUGAGAUUGAGAAGACUAGAGUAUCGCUGGGGUUGGUUACAGACGAAUGGCUGCAGUUGAUGCACGAUUUAAACGGCUUUUCCAAUGAUUCGGGGCAUCUUCAAUUUCACUUUCUUCCCUUCUGAGAAAACCAUGGCCGGGAAGCUCAUGAACGCCGUGCAGUACGAUGGUUAUGGUGGUGGAGCUGCAGGUUUAAAGCAUGUGGAAGUUCCAGUUCCUGCUCCAAAGAAAGAUGAAGUUUUGCUGAAGCUGGAAGCAAGAAGUCUAAAUCCAGUUGAUUGGAAGAUUCAGAAAGGCAUUAUACGACCAUUUUUGCCUGGAAAAUUCCCUUACAUACCAGCCACUGAUGUAGCAGGCGAGGUGGCAGAAGUUGGUUCUGGUGUCAAGAAUUUCAAAGCUGGUGACAAAGUUGUAGCGGUUCUUAGCCAUGCUACAGGAGGUGGGCUUGCUGAUUUUGCUGUGGCAAAGGAGAGUUUGACUGUCAAAGAAGUAUCAGCAGCUGAGGGAGCAGGCUUACCAGUAGCUGGCCUCACUGCCCUUCAGGCUCUCACCCAGUCUGCUGGGAUCAAGCUUGACAGCAGCGGGAAGGCAGCAAACAUUCUAGUUACUGCCGCAUCAGGUGGCGUGGGUCACUAUGCUGUUCAACUGGCAAAGCUUGGGAACACACAUGUUACUGCAACUUGUGGAGCCCGGAAUAUUGAGUUUGUCAAGAGCUUAGGAGCGGAUGAGGUUCUCGAUUAUAAAACCCCAGAUGGCGCAGCCUUGAAGAGUCCCUCAGGUCAGAAGUAUGAUGCAGUAAUCCAUUGUUCAACCGGUGUCCCUUGGUCUACUUUUGAGCCUAAUUUAAGUGAGAAUGGGAAGGUGAUAGACAUCACUCCUGGGCCUAGUGCCAUGCUCACCUUUGCAAUAAAGAAGUUAACCUUCUCCAAGAAGCACCUGGUGCCUUUACUUUCAAUUCCCAAGCGUGAGAACCUGGAGUUUCUGCUUAGAUUAGUGAAAGAAGGAAAACUGAAGACCGUGGUGGACUCGAAACACCCGCUGAGUAAUGCUGAAGAUGCCUGGGCGAAGAGCAUGGAUGGCCAUGCUACAGGAAAGGUCAUUGUGGAGCCUUAAGGUGAAUAUAAUGUUCGGGUUGGUUAGCCUUAAGGUGGAUUCUACCAGUGUAUUGGUAUUUUUCCUUGUGUCUUGAACAAUCCUUUUCUUUCAACAAUUUCUUGAAGGUUUUAUUGUCAUAUAUUGUAAAUUCCACCUGUUAUGAAAGUUGACAUGUAAGCAAGGGAGCUUGGACUUUAUUUUUCGCAAAA